CCCACUAUCACUGUGCAAUUCUCUCCCAGGGAAGAUGUUCCCAAGAAAGCUGGCCAUGCAAUCUCUCUCCUUCGGGCAGGGGAUGAACAAGAUCACAGAUCGAACGUUCUCCAUUCGUAUUCAGAUCCGUUGUGGACAGCCUCACAUUAUCCUACGUUCUGUGAGUAUCUAUGCUCUGAACCACACUCUGCAGCAUCAAUUGAUCUUUGCUGGGUUUCUUGUUCUCCCACCAGGGAAUACUGUGUCAGCCAUCUUGCUGUCCUGAAGCCAUGGGUCGCUAUUGUCUUUUGCUCAACACUUCUGCCUUUGAGACUCUCAAUUCAUAUCCUUGAACCCUCCACAUCCUCUAUCAUCUGGAGGCAGAUUAUUCUUUGCGAUAAAUUUAAAUCGCUAUAUAUUACACU